UGCUAUACUUGUACAGUUGUAUGUGCCGAAAGAAGCAGCGCAUCCGAGCUUCGCAGUUCGCACUGAUUUUAAAAAAAAAAAAACCGAUAAUCCUAGUAAUCGGGCCUGACGUUAGAAAUGGAAAAGCCGCGAGGGUUUAGGGUUUAAGCGUGAAGCUUCCGCUUCCCGUAUGCCACAUUUCCAUUCUCCACGUCCCCUGUGUCGAACUUUUCGCCUAAAGCGCUCCUUACCAUGUGGGCUAUUCGUCGAGCUUCAAUAUCUCUCAGACUCCGGGGAUUCAGUGUAGGAACUUCUUGUGCUUGCUGUGUUAGAUUAACAACCAAUAAAGUAGAUGAGGCUGGUAUCAUUGAGUCUCCUCAAAUACCGUUCAAAGGAUCUCUUUCAUUCAAGACAUUCCACAGUGCGGGACACACAUCCGCCGACAUUAUUGUGCGUCAACUUUCUUCACAAGCUGAUGCAAGAAGCAAGAAAGAGGAGGAUGAUGUGGAACAUGAACUGGAGACACCUGUGGGGGAAGGACAUGACAGUGUUGGAAAGGUUGUUGAAUUAAUAUCUGAACAAGACUCAUCAUAUGAAGAUAAGGGUGUGGAGAAUUCAAACAAUGAGCUGGAGUUAUCAGAUACUGAGAUUGAUUCAACUGAAAAAGAAUCACGGGAGGAAGGGAUUCAGUCUGAACUAUUCAAGACGAUCACUAGAAACCCGAGGUUGUCUGUUAAUUCUGUUCUUAUAAAGUGGGUUGAGGAAGGGAAAGAAUUAAGCAGAUCAGAGAUAUCUUUGGCCAUACGUAAUCUUCGUGUUCUUCGAAUGUAUGGGAAGGCUUUACAGCUUUCUGAUUGGGUUGAAGCAAAACGGAAGAUUUACCUUACUGAAAAAGAUUAUGCAUCUCGACUUGAUUUGAUUGCCAAAGUGCGUGGCCUCCACAAAGCUGAGAUUUACUUGGGGAGGAUCCCAAAAUCCUUUAGAGGAGAGCAUGUAUACCUAACUUUAUUGGCUAACUACGUUAGUCAGAACAAUUUGGUAAAAGCAGAGGAAGUAUUUGCUAAAAUGAAGGAUUUAAAACUCCCUGUUUCAAUAUUUGCUUUUAAUCAGAUGCUUCUUCUGUACAAGAGGACUGACAAGAGGAAAAUAGCCAGUGUUUUAUCGUUAAUGGAAAAAGAGGACAUCAAACCUUCUUGUGCUUCUUAUAAAAUCUUAAUAGAUGCAAAAGGCAAGUACAAUGACGUUGCUGGAAUGGAAAAAAUUGUAGAGACGAUGAAGGCUGAAGGUGUUGAACCAGACAUCCAAAUACAGCUUGCCUUGGCUAAGCACUAUGCAUCUGCGGGACUUAAAGAAAAAGUUGAAGCUGUGUUGAAGGAGAUAGAAAGGGGAAAUUUGAAAGAAAAGAGAUGGGUAUGUCGAUAUUUGUUUACAAUCUAUGCAGACGUGGGAAAGGCUAAUGAAGUGGAGAGAAUUUGGACAGUUUGUGAAUCAGAUCCUCGGACUUAUGAGUUUCUAGCCGUAAUUGAAGCUUGGGGAAAGUUGAAGAAAAUUGAAAAAGCAGAGACAUUUUUUGAGAUGAUGAUGGAUAAAUGGAAAAAUCCUUCAUCCAGGCAGUAUGCAGCACUCCUGAGGGCUUAUGCAGAUAAUAAUAUGCUAACUAAGGGCAAGGAUCUUAUAAAGCGAAUGGCAAAUAGCGGGCGUCAUAUAGGCCCGAUGACCUGGGAUGCACUUGUGAGACUCUAUGUCCAAGCAGAUGAAGUGGAGAAGGCAGACUCUCUUUUGCAGAAGGCAAUCCAGCAGACCCGGAUAAGGCCACUCUAUAACACUUACAUAUAUAUCCUGGAACAAUAUGCAAAAAGAGGUGAUGUCCAUAAUGCAGAAAAAAUUUUCUAUAGAAUGAGACAAGCGGGUUUUAUUUCUCGGCUAAGUAGCUUCCAGGUUCUAAUACAGGCGUAUAUAAAUGCUAAGCUUCCAGCUUAUGGGAUGAGGGAGAGGGUGAAAGCUGAGAUUAUUUCUCCCAGUAAAGCUUUUUUGGAUCAGUUGGCUGAAGUUGAUGCAUUUAGAAGAACAACAGUUUCUGAUUUGCUUGAUUGAUCAAAUUAACGAUCCCCUAAUUUUGUUUCAACUUUCUUGGUAUGGAGCUGCCAUGCGUUAGUUGUAUAUUACGUUGAGCAUUUUGUUUUCCCUCCUAAAUGGGACAAACUCACUGCCUUGGCGCUCAA